CAUCCUCUCUCUCUCAGUCUCUCUCUAACAUACAGUGGCGCCGGAAAAAUGAACUCUUUCGAGCUUCCCUCCUUUUCUCUCGGGCUCGAUUCGGACUCCGAUCCGGAGCCUCCGAUCCCCGACCCGCCCCGGAACGCGACCCACGGCGGGGAGUCUCCGGCCGGCGGCGGAGGGGAAGUGCUCGAGCCGCGAGUCGAGGAGCCGGGCCGCCGCGACGACGGGGCCGACCCGCCGCGAGCCUUGAAGCGGCUCCGGCGCGGCCUGCCCGCCGAGCCGAAUCGGAGCUCCGCUCGCCCGUCUCCCGACGCGUGCGUGGACGACGACAUCGAAGAGUUCUCGUCCGAUGAAACAUGCAAAGAUGAAAUGACAUCCAUCCAGAUUCAUUCGGUGGGCAGCAGCUCGAAGGUCCCACUGUGUGGACGUUGGGUUAACAAUGCACCUUCCUCAAGCCGCUUCAAAGCCAAUAAAGGGGAACAAGCUUCGAUUGACCACUCUGCCAGCCUGAAAAGGAGCUAUGAUACAACCAUGUCAAAACAAACUACUUUAAGUCCUCUUCGAAGGUUCCACUUAAUUGAUUCGGAUUCUGAUAGUCCAUCCACUAGUGAACAUGCCAAUGAAGAAGCUGACAAGGCAGAGUUAUCCUCCAAAGAGAAAAGUGAAAUUGCCAAUCAUACACUUGGAAGUCAAGAGAGUAGAAAAUUCCCAUCUUACUGCAUCCCUGAGAAUGAGGAUCUAUGGAGAGAUUUUCGUCCAACAAAGAGCUUUCACAUCCCAACCCCAGCUCUGGAUGAGGUCUGUGAAGAAUAUUUCCACUCUGUGAAGAGGGGGAAUAAACCUCAGCAACGGGCGGCUCAUUUAAACGUCGAUAACAAAAGCUGUCAAUUGACAAGAAAUAGCAGCCAAACUAUUGAGCCUUGCUGUGAUUCAAAUGACAACCUACCUCCUUCUCAUAGAUACUUUUUUAAUGAUGAUCCAAGUAUUCGGAACUUAGUCCACAGUCGUCUACCUCACUUUUUCCCUCUCGGUGGUGCCAAUAGUAGCAAGCAGCCAUCACUCAUUGAUUACAUGGGUCAAUUUGCAAAUGGAGAAUCUUCUAAAAAGCAAGCUAUACAAAAAAAUGAUUCUAAGAAAAGCUCAAGAGGGAGAAAUAAAUCAAAAGCUCACAUUGCUGACGAAAUCACAAGCACCGGAAGCUGGAUGAACCCCAAAGCCACUUCAACUGCUCCGCAAAAUGCUGGGAAAAGACGAGUUCAUGCUAAUGGAAAAUCCGCUGGUCAUUGGUAUACUGCAGCUGGUGGGAAGAAGGUUUAUGUCACUGCAACUGGGGAGGAGUUGACAGGUCGUGGUGCCUAUGGACAUUACAGAAAGGAGAAUGGAAUGGCGUCUGGAAAGUCAAGAAAGAAAUCCAAGGCCAAGAAGGGCAAGAAGGGCAAGAAGGGUUGACGCUUGGAUUACCGUCACGCUUUGUAGUUGUUGCUUGUAUUAAGAAGCAAUGUAUACUUACGCAUUUUCUCUUCAAAUUUUAAGGUCAAUUCAGAUGUCCAUCCAGUAAUAAGCUAGUGGUUCUAACAAAAAGAUCGAGCUAAAGAAAUGUAGUGACCUUAUCUGCCUCUGUUUUCCAGGCCAGUUAGCUCAAAAUGAUAUCUGAUUAUAGCUGAA